AUGCACGUCCCCGGUGCCUUGCUGGGUGCCGGCACCCUCGCCGUGCUGGCGACGUCUGCCUCGGCGAGCCCGACCUCCCGUCGCAACCCGAAGCCGCACUACGUCUCCUGGCCCGACCGCGCCGAGGCCGUCAAGACGGCCUUCCAGAUCAGCUGGGACGGCUACUACAAGUACGCGUUUCCGCACGACUCGCUCAAGCCCGUGUCCAAAACCUUCCAGGACGACCGCAACGGCUGGGGCGCCAGCGCGGUCGACGCGCUGUCGACGGCCCUCGUGAUGGAGAACGAGAAGGCCAUCGGCCAGAUCCUGGCACACGUCCAGAACAUCGACUUCAACUCGGCCGUCGGCGACAUCUCGCUGUUCGAGACGACCAUCCGCUACCUGGGCGGCCUGCUGUCCGGCUACGACUUGCUGACGACGCCGGGCGCGCUGGCGGGCAAGCACGACAGCGCCAACAAGACGCAGCUGGCGGCCGUGCUGAGCCAGGCGCAGCACCUGGCCGACAACCUCAAGGUCGCCUUUGACACGCCCUCGGGCAUCCCCGACAACGACGUGCUGUUCGGUCCGCCGCGGCGUGGCGGGUCCGCGACCAACGGCAUCGCCACGAUCGGCACGCUCGUGCUCGAGUGGACGCGCCUGUCCGACCUGACGGGCGACCCGCAGUACGGGAAGCUGGCGCAGAAGGGCGAGGCGUAUCUGCUGAACCCGCAGCCGCAGGCGCUGGCCGAGCCGUUCCCCGGUCUGGUGGGCAGCAACGUCAACAUCACGACGGGCGAGUUUGUCGACGGCAACGGCGGCUGGGUCGGCGGCGACGACAGCUUCUACGAGUACCUCAUCAAGAUGUACAUUUACGACCCCGUGCGGUUUGCGCACUACAAGGACCGCUGGGUGCUGGCCGUCGAGUCGUCGAUGAAGCACCUGGCGUCGCACCCGGCAUCGCGGCCCGACCUGACCUUUCUGGCCAUGUUCGCCGGCACGUCGCCCCGCUUCGUCUCGCAGCACCUGGCCUGCUUCGACGGCGGCAACAUCAUUCUCGGCGGCCUCGUGCUCAACGAGCCCCGCUACGUGGCGUUUGGUCUGGAGCUCGCGGCCUCGUGCCACGACACAUACACCGCGACGGCCACGCGCAUCGGCCCGGAGACGUUUGCCUGGCAGGACGACGGCCGCCUCGCGGCCAAGAACGCGAGCAACAACGCCCCGCCGCCGGCGGACCAGGCCGAUUUCUCUGCCAAGUCGGGCUUCUGGAUCCAGGACGGCCAGUAUGUCCUGCGGCCCGAGGUCAUUGAGAGCUACUACUACGCCUACCGCGCGACCGGCGACCCCAAGUACCAGGACUGGGCGUGGGAUGCGUUUUUGGCCAUCAACAAGACGUGCGCGGCCGGCAGCGGCUACUCGUCGGUCAACAAUGUGAACGCGGCCGGCGGCGGCUCGUUCCAAGACUUCCAAGAGAGCUUCUGGUUUGCCGAGGUGCUCAAGUACUCGUAUUUGAUCCAGUCCGACGACGCGCCGUACCAGGUGCAGGUGGACGGCUCGGGCGAGUUUGUGUACAACACGGAGUGCCACCCGGUGCGGAUUGCCAACAGCAAGUCGUAG